CUUAGUAUGCUGAUGCCUCUCUAUUUCGCAUAUAUAUGUAAAUCUUAAGUACACGUUCGCGACCUCAGUUCGACCUGAAGUUUUAUCUAGAAAACAAGGUGUGGUAAGGAGUAUUACUGGAUCAUGGCAGAGAAAGGCCUAAACUCGGUCAACAUCGAUUCGAUGGAGGAAGCCUUGCAUCGACUAUCCAAGAAGCCAGGCGUCAAGGCUUGGCUUACGCUUGAUCGCUCGAAUGGCGCCGUCCUGAAGACCAAUGGUCAGAUUGCCACCGUUCGACCUGCGAAAUCGUCCUCAAGCGCCAACAACUCUUCCUCACUGCCAACGCCGACCGGCGGAUCCUUCUCGACCGACGUCCAGACUAACACAAACAAUGAAACCUUAGCUGCGCAAGAGCUGGCGAGUCUGGUGUGGAGCUUCCUCACUUCAGCUGGGAGCUUGGUGAACGACAUAGAUGGCGAGGAUGAAUUGAAGCUGCUGAGGCUACGCACCAAGAAGCAAGAGUUCGUUAUUGUACCCGAACCGAAGUACCUGCUCGUGGUUGUUCAUGAUACCCCACCGGCGUGAGCCUUGCUGUAUGAUCACGUUUGGAGUUGGGAUGAUGCGGCCUGAAGGCUGCUAUCGAAGAUCUGUUUGGCGCGAAAUUAACCCCGAUUUUCUGAGAUAUUUCCGAUGGACAUUUGGAGUGUUGCUUGUUGGCAUUGAAAGGCGUUUUGGAGAAAAUGAUACCCACAGGUUAAGGAGACGAAGUAUUACAAUAGCCUAAGACAACCAUUCCCAUUUCGAUGCUCGGAGGUCUCCCUAUUACUUCACCAGCUUGUUCAUGGCUCUGAAUAUUGCCUGGAAUUGGUGCUGAUUGCUCAAGCUCAUAUGCUAUUAUGCCAUCACUGUUUAUCAGCAGGGUCAAGUGACGGCG